GGAUGCUAUGUAAUAUUCCUUUUUCUAAUCAAAGAUUCCUUCUUCUUUUUUUGGUGUUGUCUUUUUCAUUCUUCACUAUAAAUACCUAUUUUCUCCCUGUCAUCAAAUUCAAACCAAGAACCAAUUUUGAGAUCACUUUUAAACACCCAUUUAGCUACUAAUUCUUCUUAACCAGUUUUUUUCUUCUGGGUCAUUGAAAUUUCUAACAUUCUCUUUCUCAAAGAAAAAAUGUCUAAUAUUGUGGUUGUUUUCGACUUUGACAAAACUAUCAUUGAUUGUGAUAGUGAUAAUUGGGUCAUUGAUGAAUUAGGUUUCACUGAUUUGUUUAAUCAGCUUCUUCCAACCAUGCCUUGGAAUUCUCUCAUGGACAAGAUGAUGAUGGAGCUUCAUUCAAAUGGAACAACCAUUGAAGAAAUUGAAAAGGUUCUUCAUAGGAUUCCAAUUCAUCACAGAAUAGUACCUGCAAUUAAAUCAGCUCAUGCUUUAGGGUGUGAUUUGAGGAUUGUGAGUGAUGCCAAUGUGUUUUUCAUUGAAACAAUUUUGAAGCAUUUAGGAAUAAGAGAAUGCUUCUCAGAGAUUAACACUAAUCCUGGUUAUGUUAAUCAAGAAGGAAGAUUAAGAAUUUUGCCUUAUCAUGAUUUCAAUAAGGCUUCACAUGGUUGUCCUCUCUGUCCUCCCAAUAUGUGCAAGGGUUUGAUCAUAGAUAGAAUCCAAAGUUCAAUUCUUGAAGGGGAUAAUAAUAAGAGGUUUAUCUAUCUUGGUGAUGGUAUUGGAGAUUAUUGUCCUAGCUUAAGGCUUAAAGAGAGAGAUUUCAUGAUGCCAAGGAAGAAUUUUCCAGCUUGGGACUUAAUAUGUAAAGACCCUUCACUUCUUAAGGCUGAAAUUCAUGGUUGGAGUGAUGGAGAAGAGUUAGAACAAGUUUUGAUGAAGUUGAUUAACAAAAUUAUGAUAGAGGAAAAUGCUCAAUUUAUUUCUUCAGAUUGCAAGCUACAAUCUCUAUCAAUUCCUGUGCAUGAAACUUUGCCAAAAGCUCUCUCAGUUAGGCCAUAGAUUUUUAGUUUACAAUAAUUGCAAAUGUAUCAUAAAGUAAUGUAGUAGGUUUUUCAUUUGUGGUUUGAUUAACUUUUAUCAAACUUUCCUAAUGUUGCUAAUUGUGGAAUUUGUCCUAUAUAUAUGGAUAUGUACUUUAUCAUAUGCAAAGAACAAUUUGCCCUUGA